AUGGACUACCUCAUGGACGUGCUCUUUGGCGAGCACUCUUCCGCGCUCGACGUGGUGAGUUUCCAAAACUUUUGUUUUCUCUGAAAUUUAAAUGACUCCACUUCCGGAGGGGGGGGAUGGAACAGGCGAGCCAGCGGUCAACACGACCGGCCCUGAUUACAGUAAUCCUUGUUUUCCCAUCGGUUCGAAAUUACCUGUGGCAAUUUCCGUUCUAUUUUUUGUUUUCGAAAACUGUUGUUCGUGGGGCGUCGAAGCCGUGCUCUACAAAAACAGGCCGUCCUUUCUGUUUCUCAAGUGCAUAUGAUUCUGGUGAUACAACUUUGUGCUUGAACAUGUUUGCAUUUAAUUUCCUUUACAUAAUUUAGUUUAAGUCGCCGCCCGACCCUUUUUUAGGAAAAUUUAUUCCGUUAUGGGACAAAACCCGAUUUCAACGUUGAAAUUAUAAUGAGGUGGGGCUGAUGCGCGACUUGUUAUCUGCUUUUGUAAAUAGCCGACCCUCGGGGGCUCUAUUUUUAAGGACUUGGCAAAGUACACUUGAGGAAUACCUAAAUAUGCAGAGUGUCACACUCUUCUUGUCCAUGCAACACCUAGAAACCAAAGUUCUAGGUCUUGACAACCGGCUCCAAGUUGUUUCUCUGAUACUCGAUUAUACUAAUCAUGGUGAUAGGGGUUUCGACCGACUUAAGUAUUAUUAUUUUAAUUUGCAUGCGGUUUGGUUGUAAAUUUAACCACGUAUAUCGCUGUAAAAUUCGACAAAAACGGUUCUUAAAAAGUGUCAAUUUUAACUGCCUUAGGCCCCAAAGUUAUAGUUUUGAUGACGAAAAACUCACGCUUUGCUCUUUCGGUCAAAAAGUAAAUCGAAACAUUUUUGAGAUAAAUUCUUUAGAGGUUUUUUGGGUAAACUUUUCAUACUUCUAUGAACUUUUUGACCAAAGUACAGAAACCAGGUUUUGGCCGAAAUGUAGCAUUUCGUGGUUCUUAAAGUACCCGUUCUCAACUUGUAUUCCACCUGCCAGUUAUGUAAUGUGUUUUUCGAAAAUACUCGAAAUGUAAACUGGCAGAUAUGAAUACCAAACAGGCCACAAGUCCACGCGGUCGAUUCUUUAAUUUCCCCCAAUUUAAAUGACAUUUCUGGCUGACAUGGGGUCUGAGAUCUACACUUACAUUGGCCGGAGGUGCAAAAUUAAUUUCUGGGUUUGACAUUCACGGCCGAACACGAUAGUACGUCACUUACGUUUACAUGUUUCAGGUGAUGUUUAUGAGCGUGGAAGACAUCGACCGGCGAUGUCCACGAGGUCUGAACUCCAGUAUGCUCAACGACACUUCGUGGAAGUUGGCGCCGUUCGAUGACGUUUGCCUUAACGUGAGUGUUUUGUACUUUUAAAGUGUUCUUGGAAUGUGUUUUUCAAACGUUUUUUACAAUAAUUGGCAUAAUUGUGAUCUAAUAUCAAAUUUAUCUUAAUAUGACAUUGUUUUCCUGAAUAAUAAUGUUUCCAGACCUUCUUCCAACGUAUGAACGCCCAUCUGAGGAAGUAUAAUGAGUGGGAAGAGAUGUUGUACACCUUCCUGUACUUCCUCAUCUCCUUCUUCGCGUUGGUCGGGAAUGGCGUGGUGAUAUUGGCAGUGAUACGAAAGAAGGAAAUGAGGACCAACCGGAACGUUUUAAUAGUCAAUCUGGCCCUCUCGAACUUGAUGCUCGCUCUGACGACGAUUCCGUUCUUGUGGCUGCCGUCCAUUGACUUCGAAUUCCCAUAUUCCAAAUUCUUUUGUAAGUUCGCAAAUGCCCUGCCGGGAAGCAACAUCUACUGCUCGACGCUAACCAUCUCGGUCAUGGCCAUUGACAGGUACGUCACGUUUGAGACAGGUCUACUUAACAGACCAGUAAGGCCAAGAGUAACAGUUCAAGAACACAAAAACAAUAUAAAAAACGAUAUUGCUGAGAUAAGACCUUAUUGUGUAAACACAUUAGGAGACACUAACCACAGUAAAGUCAUCUCAUGGUAAAUAAAGUAUGGCAGCACUCUUGCUGCAUAAACAACCUGCUUUGGAUAAACAGUGAUGGAACGUUACUUAUUUUAAUUAUUUCCAGAUAUUACUCCGUCAAGCAGAUGACAGUCGGAUCUGUAAAUCAGUCAUGCCUGAAGGGGAUUAUAUUAUCAAUCAUGAUAUGGGUGUUUUCGUUUCUACUCAGCUUUCCGCUCCUUAUUUACUACGACACCACCAUGUUAUACGUCUUCAAAGAUGUCAUGGUAUACGAUUCUGAGAAGAAUACGACGCAGCUACGGAGCUACGGCUGGCGACAAUGUAGACUUUCUCCAGGAGGGGCUACAGCUGAAGACGACCAGCUGAGCACCAUGAAUGCAGAUGCUCAAGCCAGGAUGAUACAGGUAUUGUUUUUGAUAGAUAAUGUGCCUUUUCAUUUCUCAGUAUCGACUCAGCAAACAACAUAGUAAUGCACUAACUGGAGUAUAACAAGAUUAGGUAUCUUUGAAGUUUAAAUUAUUAACCAUGACAAGUAAACAACUUGUAGGAGUAAACUUUAGCCAUAUCCGUAGAACAUUUUAGGCAGAUUAAGUAUUCAGGCUGCGUGAUUUAGCAUUUUUGUAGAGAAAUUCGGAAAAACAUGUACAUAAAUUAACAUAAUUCCAGCUGGUCAUGUCACUGAUGCAAGUCCUAUUCCUGUACGUCGUCCCACUGAUUGUACUUUCUAUUUUUAACGUCAAACUGACGCGAUUCUUGAAGACCAACGCAAAGCACAUGAGUAAGAACAGGAACGGCAUCAUCCGCCGUGAGUCCGUCAUGCUACAGUGCAACAAGACCCAACAGACCCACUACACGGUCAACUGGUCUCCCAAGAAGAAGGCCAGAAACCCAUCGUUGCUGGAAACAGAACUGUCCUCAACUACAUCCCCCGGCUCCAGAAUGGACUCGGCUACGCCAGCUGAACGAGCUUCUGACCGGCGUCGGAAUCGGACCACGAUGUUGUUAAUAGCCAUGGCGGGCUCGUAUGCCGUGCUGUGGUUCCCUUUUACGUUGGUCUCAAUGCUCAUAGACAUGGACAUACUAUACCUCGAGAACGGUGCAGCCAUAAUCGAGCGCAUCGACCAGUCGUGUAAACUAAUAUCGAUUCUCUCGAUCGGAGUGAAUCCUUUCUUGUACGGGUUUCUGAAUACAAACUUUCGCCAUGAGUUCACCGACAUCUUCAACUCCAUCAUACGAUGCUCGGCUACACAGUCAGCUCAACGGAACCGGAGCACUAUGUAUUCGGCAAUACAGUAAGUCAUUCUAAACCUAUUGAACUAUCAAAGAUGUUAAAGUGGGUUAAGUUCAAAUCUCAUUACUCUUUCGAACAGGUUGUUUUCAUUUAAACAGACUCUGUUCUACAGUACCACCAACGUUGUUUUCAGGCCGAACCUCAACCAACGGUCGCAUUCCUUUCUGGAGACCAUCCAAAGUGCCUGCGGGUCUGUUUUCUCACUCAAGGCGCGCCUAGACCAGCCGAGGUAAUAUUGUAUCGUGCAGUUCGUUUGAACCCUCACAUUUAUUAACUGAUAAAAGUGGUUUUAUUGGCUUUUCAUUACUUUCCCCAAAGUAGUAUAAACAAGAGUUUGUUUUGCCUCAAGUAAUUUACUUGGCUUGGCUAAAUUAUUUUCAAAAACUCUGUUUUGCAGCUAAUUGUAGACUUCUUCAUGCAGACAUUUCGGACUAAAUUGAAGUUUAACAUGAAGGCGGAUACAGUGUAAAUUAACUAAUUAACAAAAGUGGCACUUUUAAAGCAUCAAAAACCAUAUUUUAACUUACAUUAAUAUCUUUGACACCAUUCAAAUGUCGUUCCCCAUAAAUAUCAAUAUUUAUUCUCAAAAAUAGGACAAGUAUUUCAAAUUACAAGUUCACAGAAUUGUUUUUAAUUUUUCGACAAAAUUUUGUCGAAUGAGAAAGUUGUGGGCGCACUUUGGAAACAAUAUUUUGCAGGUUGCGGAAAUGUUUGCAUAAUUAAACUGUUUAAUAUAGUUAGAAAUGUUGUUUUCCUUAUUGUGUUUUCUAGUUUUCUCUAACUUUUUUAAAUUUCUAAUUUCAGAACGCCUCCAGAAGUGUCAAAAAGCAGCAGUUCCGAAGCCUGUGCCCUUCAAGUGUUUCCCCCAGAGAAAGAACAUCAACUUCUGGCUGUUCCGACCGGUAAUUAA